AACUGGCCUCUUCUAUGGAAAUUGAAAACUCCUCUGAAAGAGCUAUCGAUUCACAACGUUGAUACGUUAAACCUUGGAGAGAAUGAUAGUUAUCCAGAUUUCGCAUUCAACUCAAGCCUCACGACAUUCCGCUUAUUCAACAAUGUCUUGCCAAUUCGGGAAGUGUGGACGGUGGUGGAAACUCAGUUGUCAACCAUGGCACGCAUGUGUCCUGCUCUGACCCAACUCCAGCUUGAUUGCGAAUGGUAUCAAGCACCGCUCAAUUUCAAGAUAUUCAAUAACUUAAAGGUGAUGCACUUUAUUGCACAUAGAGAUAAUAACAUCGAGGUUCUUCUUCAAAGCGCUCUGCCUGACGUCGAGGAUCUUUACAUCGAGUUCACGAGAGACAAAGUAUAUGAUAUGUACGCUAAGGAUGAAGUCUUAGCUGUAAACUUUUCGCUGGCGCCGACGUCAGUGACGUCCCUGACGCUGCCUUCCGUCGCUUUGGACGCUAAAUCGUACAAGAGCCUCCUGCGCAUGCCUAAGCUGAAGCGAGUCUUCGUCAAAAGCAAGAAAUUCUCACUAGCUCAGCUCAAACUACUCGUGGGCCACAUUCAGCUGGUCGAGAUAGGCGCCGCGAUGGUGUCCGUGGAUCUCUCCACGGCACAGGAGCUCAGUGCGCUGCGCAGGAAGGCUUGGGCCGAGGGCAGGGCCAGGUUCCCCUCAGAGUGUCUCGACUACGACGAGCCCCUCGUGCUGCAUGUCAACUACGCCCACCACGUUACCUUUGCAGAUCAUCUCAUCAAAAUCAAAGACCACAAGCUGAACUCGUUCAUCUACGAGCGCGUCGGGUCGUGUCGCUUUGACAACGAGUGGCUGGACUUCGGCCACGACUUCCUCCAGCAGGCGGCUGGCAAGGAUUUCCUUGUGUACGAUUGACGAGUACGAAUUGAACGAGGACAUGUAGAACAAUUUUAUGACGACCAUGACGAUGAUUUUGACGAACACGCUCUCUCCAGCUCCGACCACGACAAUUAACUGGCCUUAUGAUGAACCACUCGACGAAGAUGAAGAUAUAUGUACGUUCGUCUACCUUAGAGCUUGAGCUUCCUUAAAAAAUUCACAUCUUCAUAUGUAACCAUUUAUUUUAUCCCUUAGUUGUGUAACCAUUUAUUUUAUCAGAUUUGUUUUCGAAGUGGUCAUGGGUGGAGCUGAGCUCUUGAAAAAAAAAAUUAAUCUAUAACACUAUUACAAUUGAAUCGAAAGAAUUUUUUUCCGAAACUUGUAAGAGUUAGUAUAUGUGGCAUUAGUAAAUUAAUUGGCGUAAAAUCAUAAAAAAUUCUGAAACAUCUAAAUGUACAUCCAAUUGUUGCCAGUACCAAUGCUUCAAUGUGUGUUUGGGGUCUAGCACCCGACCACAUUUAAUAAAUCGACUCCUUAU